UCUCGAGGCUGCCUCACUUCUCAUGACUCCACAACGUGUGUACUCUGUACCAGACAUGUGUGGCCUCAGUCUUCUCAUGGUACCCCUUAAGCUACUUCUUUACUACUUCCUGCUGCACCCUGUGGAUGCCGUUUCACAUGGAAACCAGACAGAGGCCCAGAUGCACCCUCCCUCAUCCUCGGAAUCCUGGUCGCCUUCUUCAGACUUGUCUUGCCGUACCUUGCACCCAAAAUCCCUGCCUGGCUUCACCCACAUGGCCCCUCUGCCCAAAUUCCUCAUCAGCCUACCACUUCUAAUAGCACUGCAGGAGGCUGGCUGCCAGGCCAACGCCCAGGCCUUACGGCUUCAGCUCCACCGCCAGGCGGGGGUAGAAGCUACACAGAUGCUCCUCGGACAUCUUCGAGAGCUCCAGAAAGGCAGAAGCACUGGGAGGAGUGUGUCAGCAGAAGCCAAGGUGUCUACCCUGCAGUUGUUGGCCCAGCAGCAAGGAGGCCACGAGAGGACCCCACGCUCUCUCGCCGUGAAGGAAUGUGAGAAUGACAAGGAGCAGAGAGUGUACCAAAUAGUCCAGAUGUUGCCAGGAGUGGCUACCUUCUAUAACCUGGGCACAGCUCUGUAUUACAUUACUCAGAAUUGUUCAGACAAGGCCAAGGAACGAGGCCAAGAUGGAGUCAUUGAUCUGGGCUAUGACCUUCUGAUGACCGCGACGGGACUGUCAGCAGGACCCACGGGCCUCUGGAUCGGCGCUGCCCUUAAGCCUGCAGUGAAGGCAGGGCUUCACCAGCUGAUCUCCAGCAUGACAGAAGGAAAGGAAGACACCCCUUCCCCAAAGCCAGAAGGGCUCGUUGGGGACACCUCAGAUUAG